AUGAUGCAGCAGAUCCUGAGGGACAUGUACAUUGAGCCAGAGCUGCUGGCCGAGCUCAACGAGGAGCAGAAGCACAUCCUGUUCUACAAGAUCCGUGAGGAGCAGGUCCGCCGCUGGACUGAGCGGGAGAGCCAGACCGCCAUUCCACCACGGCCGCGAGGAGGCGGAGGGAAAGGGGUGCAGUGGCUGCUGGGUAGUGACGGGGACGUGUGGGUGUGGGUGAUGGGCGAAGCUGCAGGAGACACGCCCUAUGAGGAGAUCGUGGAGGAGCUGAUGGAGGUGCGGGCCAGGAAACAGGCCCAGCAGGAGGCCCAGGAGCUGUGGAAGGCCAAGCAGGCGGAAAUCGAGAGGAAGUUCCGCGAAGCGAUAGCCCAGGAGAAGGCUCGCUUUGUGGUGGGGAAAUGGAGGGAAGAGACCGAGGACAGGAAGACAGCCAAACUAGAGGAAGAGCGCGUCCGUGCCGAGCUAAAGAAGCGGCAGGUGGAGGAGAGGCAGAGAGAGGAGGAAGAGAUCAGACGCAGGGAGGAGAGCAGAGCGAAGGAGCUGUACCUCUCUCUGAGGGAGGAGGAGAAGAGCGAGGACCAGGAGGACCGGGAGUGGCAGGAGCAGCUGCGCCGCUCGAAGGCGGCGGACGAGGAGAUGACGCGGAAGGCGCGCUGGGCGCGGGACGAGUACAUUCGGCAGUCCCUGCGGGCCAUCGAGAGGGGGCGGGUGGCGGGGCUCAGCCAGCUGUUCCAGAGGUCCCAGGGCAGUGGGCCGGGGCAGACCCGCAGACACAGCGCCCAGAUAGAGCCCACGUACUGCCACGCCUCCGGCUCCUCCUCUCACCACCACCAGGGCCUGCAGCCUGCUGCCCCACCCCUGUACCGCCGCCGACACAACCGCAGACACAGCACCACGGGAACGCUGCCCCCUACUGACAGCCCAGCCUGGGUGAGGCCGGCCCGGCCCAGCUCACGCGAGUCCAUCCUGCUCUGGUUCCGAGAAGAGCAGAGACCCAAACGGGCCGGCCACGAGCGCAACAGCAGCAACAUCGCCCCCUGGUUCCACGGCAUAAUCUCCCGGCAGGAGUCGGAAGCCCGGUUGAUGAACGCUGUAGAGGGCUGUUUCUUGGUGAGGGUGAGCGAGCGGAUUUGGGGGUACACUCUGUCCUACCGCACCGCCGGCGGCUUCAAACACUUCCUCAUCGACGCCUCGGGGGACUACUACAGCUUCCUGGGCGUAGACCAGAGCCGCCACGCCACGCUGGCCGACCUCAUCGACUUCCACAAGGAGGAGGCUAUCACCACAUCAGGAGAGCUCCUGCAGGAAGCAUGCAGAAAGAAGGGCUCCUCAUCAGACUAUGGAGGGCUCUUCCACUGA